GUGGUGGUGGAUGAACCUCAGUGUCCGGCGCGCCUCCGACAAGCGUGCUUCGCCGGUGUCGUAUGUAGAAACAAUACAUGCUCUCGCCCUCCUGCGCUGUCGUAUCAGCGCGACGAUUCACCGCGGUCCACACACACACCACACGCACACACAGACACACCCGCGCACACACACUCACACACCGACACGUACACGUACACGGACACGGCCACGGCCUCACGAGGACAAGAGGAUAGCGAGGAUUUUCAGUGCAAACUCCAAAAAGGUUCGAAUCGUCGAUUUGUUGUGCGAUCCCUGGAUCCGCAAGUCCAGUGCAUUAUAGACCGCGCGCGAUCCAAGAGGAGCUGCGGACCGUAGGACAUGUGCUCGCUCGCGAGGGGAGAACCGGUCAGCAGUUUUUCUGAUUGUUAUCCACGCGGACAUUACACUCUCUAACGAACAUUGCUUCCAGCUCGAGUCUCAAGACUGUUGUUUUAUAAACCGAUCCGGUCCGAGUUCGCGGAGGAGGGUAGCGCGAGGUGUGUGCCGGGCCGAACAGGAAAACAGACGGACAGGGGAAGAGAAGCUGCAGCGCCGCGGUACCACUGCAAGCUCGCGCUCGGAGCUUGCGGAUGGCAGAUAAGACUUUUCGGUCGAACGAGCGGCUCUAGACUUUUUAAAUGGUGCAUCACCACCGCGCGAGCCUUACCCGUAGUGAAACUUUAGGUAUACAUCGAAAGUGUCCGAGAAAGUCUAGACGCCCCUAGACGCGGAGAGUCCGUCAGUGGAGCGAGAGAAAGAGAAAGAGAACUGUCGAAGAAUCAGCGGUCCGAGGCACAGGCUGCAGCGGAGGAAACGAGCAUCGUCGGCGGUCGCGCGCUCAUGGCCCGCAGUGAAGGAGCUACCAGCAGUAGCAGUAGCAGCGCGAGGCUCCAGCGACAGCAGCAGGAUUCAGCGAGCUCAGCUCAGGUACAUUGGUAAUGGGGGGUUUGGGCGAGGAUGCCUUCUCCCCGUCGUCGCAGUCAUCAGCUUCUGCAGCAGUCUCCUGCGCUAGCGCCGUCCUCCUCCCCAGGCAAGGAAGUUUCCCCGCGACAGCGGAGAGCCCAUCGGCCGCUGAUCCCGGCCUCGGUGCAAGCAGCAGCCCUCCUAGUCGCGAGGAUCCCAGCGGCAGCGAAAGCCCGGCAUCGGAGGCGCAGAGGAGAGCCGACAGCGGCUGGUACACCAGAGAGGCGUCGCGAUUCACCGAGGCGCUCCGCGCUGGGGGCAGGAGGAAGAGGUGACUCGCCGUCGAGAUGCUCCAGGCGCCGAGUAGCUCUGGACCGGUCACUCUCCAUACGCCUCGCGAGCCGUCCACGUCCUCCUCGUCCUCGUCCUCGGCAGCGGCUGCGGCGGCGGCUGCGGCGGUGCCCUCGAGCAUCGGCAGACUGCUGCUCCUGCUGGCGCUGCUCGUCUGGUCGCUGAGCCUCUGGCCGGCGGCGGCGGCGGUCGCGCGCCAGAGCCUCCACCAGACCUGCCCGGGCUGCCCGCACCAGCAGCACGCGCACCUGCACCGCAACCGCGAGGCCGGCGGGCCCAACCCGGACGAUCUGCGCCUCGAGGCGAUCAAGCACCAGAUCCUGUCGAAGCUCGGCUUGAGAAGCCGGCCCGACGUGAACAGGACCCUGGCCUCGGUGCCCAAGCGGCUCGCCCUCGAGACGAUCUACCGCGCCGAGGCCCAGCAGCCCGUCAGGCCUCCGGCCCCUCCACCUGCCACCUCCCAGGGCGAGAGCAGGACGGCCCAGAACCGCGAGCCCAGCUCGGGAUACAACAAGCCCUUCGGCUACGGCGACGAGUACUCCUACAGGAACCUCGAGCAGAACGUGCCGGGAGGGGGCGAGCUCAACCAGAACGUGCCGCCCUAUCAGGACUACGACGACAUGUACGGCUCGCAGCACGAGCCCGAGGUCAUGGACGACUUCUACGCGAGGACCUCCGAGAUCAUCACCUUCGCCGAGCCGGGCCGAACGCUGAACGGCCAGCCGCUGCUCGAGUUCCCGCUGUCCAGCAGCGAGCAGGCCCUGGAACCGCUGAGUAUCAAGAAAGCGACGCUCUGGGCGAGGGUCGAGCUGAGGCACGCUCACCACUACCAGCACCACCGACAGAACCCCAACAACCAGAGGAACAUCACGCUCUGGGUGUUUAGGGUGCGAUGCGGCAACGUGACGCACUUGCGCGGAAAGGAACUCGGUCAGCAUCUAGACCUGGUGACGUCGCUGGUGGUGAACAUCAGCCAGCUAGGCUGGCAAAAGUUCGACGUGACGAGGGUCGUCGGCAGCUGGUACCAGACGUUCAACAACAAGGACAAGCUCACGCUGCUCGUCGACUGCACAGGAUGCGGCUCCCACGUGCACGUAUCCACCUUCGGCGGUCAUUCGCCCCACGUUGUAGAGCCGUCUUUAAAUAGCAAAAGCACGCAGGACCCGGACCGGCCGUUUCUCGUCGUGAGGACCGACCCCACGGCUGUGAAGAGAGUCAGGAGACGGGCCAUCGAGUGCACGGGCGCGGUCAAGGGACAGUGCUGCAAGCAGAGGUUUUACGUCAGCUUCUCCCAGCUCGGCUGGGACGACUGGAUUAUCGCUCCGCAAGGUUACUACGCGAACUACUGCAGAGGGGACUGCGCGGCGGGCCACAGAACGCCCGACACCUUUCCGAAUUACUACACGCACGUGAUCGAGGAGUACCGCAAGAUGGACCGACUGGCGGGUAUGCAGCCAUGCUGUGCGCCGCUAAAAUUCUCCUCCAUGUCGCUCAUCUACUACGGCCCGGACUCCAACAUAAUCAAGCGGGACCUGCCGAAGAUGGUCGUCGACGAGUGCGGCUGCCCCUAGACCGAGACGGUCGGGCUCAUCGCACCGCCGAUCACUCCUUCCCACGAUGACGAUGCGCGCGUAUCUACGACCACGGAAUCGAAGGUCCAAGCGAGCGCACUAUACAUAGAUAUUGUACCGAUUUCUAUGGCGCGGACGAGCGCGUGCACUUCGGUCACGGUGAAUCUCUGAGAGAGAGAGAGAGAGAGAGAGAGAGAGAGAGAGAGAGAGAGAGAGAGAAAGAGCACUCGAAUGACGAGGAGAGACGACGAAAGACAGAGAGAUAGAGCCAGGAAAAGUCUCGAGCAAAGCUAGAAUUUUGAGAGAAACGACAACUGUAAAGUUGCUUGCGAGCGAGGAAUGAGAGGGAAGUAGGCGAAUAAUCAGUCGAGUUAGGAUAGCGAGUGAGCAAGCGAGAGCGAGAGAGAGAGAGAGAGAGAGAGAGAGAGAGAGAGAGAGAAUUUAAGAGACGCUAGGAAAAUGUUGGUCUGCGAACAUUCUUACCGAGAGCUUAGUCCUUUUUUAUUAGUUGCGAAUGUACUUUACGAGUAUAUGUAUAUACGAGGUGGUUUAUCCGAAUAUUAUAUAUUAUAUAUAAAUAUAUAUAUGAAAGAAAAAAAGCGAUUAAGGUUUAAGUGUAAACAAUGAAACUCAAUCUAAUUGCCUUGUUUUUUAUGCAAAACCUAUGAAAGUAUCGAGUAACGAUUUAAAACAAAGUCGGAGCACUAUUAAAAAAAAGUCUAUAUAUAUAUAAAUCUUAUAUAUAUUAUAUAUAUGCGCGCGCGCGCGAUGGCGACAAAAAGAAAUCCGAGCGCGAUAAGGGUUGGGCGGAAGAUAAUUAAGAGUUCAAAAGCUAAGAGAAAAAUACUAUUAAUUAUAUUAUUGAUGAUGAAUAAAAAAAAAAUAAAAAGAAAACAAAUGAGGAACCUAAGGGGUAAGAGGUGUAAUAUGUAAGUUUUGAAAAUUUUACAAAGCAUGUUGAAUUACCCGAUAUCUCAAAGACCGAGUCUGUACACUUUAAAUGAUCUUAGGGCAUUCCGUAAGUUAGUUAAACUUAUACAUACAAAGGCAAGAAAGCUAAUAAUAUAUUAAAUUUAAUAAUGAAAAAAAAUAACAAUAAAAAAUAAUUAAAAAGGGGAGACGGGCGGCGAAGACGAGGAAUGAGAAUUUCAAAAAUAGGCAAACUUAAAAUUUACGCGGUCAGAACGAUCCUAUAUGGAUUAUUGAACAAAGCACGAUGGACGGGAUGGUGACGUUAACAAUAAAAAAAGCGAAACAAAAAGUUAAUGACAAUAAUGAAAAUGUAAUAAGACAAUGCUCGUUUGCCGAGAGUUACACGAUAGGGCUGACUGAUUUUGAUUUUCUCGUUUUUCGGGAUCGGAAUACGCCAUUGUAAUCGUUUUGCGAAAUUACAAUUUCAUUUUUUAACUUUAUAAAACAUACACACUCGUACCAAAGGAAAACAGAAAUAAAAGAAGUCAGUAAACGAGAGCAGGAAAGCUGUACGGAAUAUUAUUAGGAUUACGAUUGAUGAUCACACACAAGAGCUUGAAGCUUUAAAAAUUUAGUGGUAUAGACAUUGUUUAGUGUUGACGCAUCAUAGAUGACUGAAAAGGAAAACACAUACCCGCACACAACAUAUACAUUCAAAACUGACACCUCCAAUACAGAUACGCAGACUCGAAACACACGUGUACACAAAGGGGCGAGUAUUAAGAUCGCGAGCGGGAAAAUUCACACGAGAACACGGAGACUAGAGUCGGAAGCAGAGAAUAGACGACGAGCAGAGGAAAAUAAAAGCGUUUUUAAAGGUAUAUUAAAUUUUGUGGGAUAGUCCGUUGACCCCACGCAGCCUUACUGGGCCUUAUUAAGAUAUUAUCGCAUUACUACUAAAUUACUAUAAAAUAAAAAAAAAGAAUAACGAUAUUUACGCUAUUUCCAAUAUCCCCCAUGCAGGUAAACUUAAUGAAAAAAAUAAUAAUAAUAAAGUAAAACUACUGACGAUGAAAGGCGUUGUAGCCAUCGGUCAAACAUUUUUUCUGAAGACAGUUUCGUGUAAACGUAAUUUGAAAGACGGACGGUCAACGUGUGAGAAUUACGAGGGACAAAGAGGUGAAAAGCUCAAUGUUAAGCUCGAAAAGGCGAGACAGAAAGCCAUAGGAUUCAACAAAAGUUUUGCCAUUUUUCAGCUACUAGCCAAAAUAAAUAAAACAAGAAAACUAUUGCGUCCAAGUAAAGAAUGAAAAGACUUGCGUAACUCUAGCGUAACCGCGUAAUUAUACUGUUAAGAAUCUUUCUUUUUUUUCGUUUCUUCGAAAAACGGACGUCACUGUGCGGAAUGGAACAAAUAGAAAAGAGAGCCGGAAUGCGGGAUUGACAAGCGAUGAUAGUUAAAAUUUGUACGAAUCGCUGCAAGAGCGUUGAUUUUUUCCGGAGAAACGAGAUAUUCGAAUAAAAGUACCGACGCCUUUAUCACAGCUCAUGGAUUGUGUUUGAAAGAGAAUCAUCCGAUGUAGGCCUAUCUAAACUACUAUUCUCUGUAUAAAAAGCGAUGCCAGAAAAGUAUUAAGAGAUAUUGAAAGGAGAAAUCUACUUGAAUCUACUAUUAAUUACUGAAAUAAAGUACUCGCGGCUUUCGACUACUUCCACGGCUUCUUUCGAAUAAAGGAAAAAAAUAUAUAUAUAUAUAUAUAUAUAUAUAUAUAUACAUGAAGCCAGCUCCGGCGGAGAUGCGCAGCAGCGAACACAAUAAUAUACGGAUUCGCUAUCGCGAAUUUUCUACAAGUGUAAGGGUCAACGUUUCGCCAGCGCGAAUCUCCACCGGGAGAAGUGUUACGUGAAUUUAAAAAAUUGUAAGGGCGAGGGCAGCGAUGUAAGGGUUAUUUCAUUAUUUACAUUAUAUUCUUAAAGAGCAGCAUAAACGAAAGUGAUAGUAUGAGGAACUCGGAGUUCUUGUGCGAAACGAAAGUAAAAGCGAGCAAAAGUAUUGUUUUGGUCCAGCUGUUUUUGUACUAUACCGUCUCUCGUUAAAACAAUGAAAAUCAAACUUGUAUUGGAAUUAAAGCUAGGCGAAUUAAGGGAAGUAUAUAAAGAGGAAAAUAAAGAAGAAGAGAGGACGAUGCAGGAUUGUGAUGUCAGGGGACAGAGGAAAUUAGUCGGGGAAGGAUCGAGUGGUGGUAAUCGAGCAGGUGUCGAGGUAUCACGAAUACGCAUCACGAUCAAACAAUAGAAAUCAUAAGCUUCACCCUUUGAACGCGUCUUUCUAGCGACUGUACACGCGUGUUCGAAGUUCGAUUCUCCUCUCGGUUCGCGCCACUCAAUUGUUUCCAAAACAGGUGCAAUUACGACUCAAAAGACUUGAGAGAGUAUGCCGAGUUAUAUUGUAACGUGUAUAAAUAUGUACAGGGGUUCCCGUGUUUAAGGUUUUUCUCCGAAGUCACGCAUUGAAUAUGAUAAAAAAAAACGCGCGUAACCGUAAGCCACACAUUUAUAGAGAUAAGUUCUCGAGGAUUCUCGCGUGCGUCGAAUAUUUAACCCCCAACGAAAAAACUCUUUAGAGCGUAUGAAAGGGUGUGCACGAGUUAUAGAGAGUGUCAAGUAUCAAAUUUAGCGAGAAGUGAGGACAUUGAAAUAGAAACAGCUAGAUAAAGGACGAAAGAGGAUAAAAAAAAGUUAUAGGACAAAAAGGGUUGGUUGAAAAAAUGCCACACGUGGUCGUGAAUAUAGGUGUCGCAAUAACGAAGCUUUGUAAAAUGAAAUCUCUAUAUCUAGAUGGCUCAUUCUCUUCUUUCAAACUUGCGGUAAAAAGACGAUUGACAUAUCUUUUUACUUGGAUUUUCUAAAAAAUAUAUAAAAACUAGCAAUACACUUACGCUGUCAGAAACGUGAUGAUAAGCAAUAUGCAGAGGAUAUUUAGUCGAGGCACGAAAUUCUACUUAGAAUGAAUUUAAUGAUAAAUGUAAAAUAAUAAUGAAAAAUAUAAUAAAAGAAAGAGUAAAAUCACACGUUGACGUGUGUCUAAGAAUUUAUACUCGAUGCAGAAUCGACUUCUUCUAUUAAUUUAUUUUUUACAUUGAAAAUAAAUCUCUAAUUUUGAACGAGCAAUAAGAUGAAAAAAAAAUUCACGAUAAAAAUAAUAAUGUAGACUCCUGUAAUGGUAAUACUAAUACUAAAUGCGUUGUUUCUUUAAAAAAAAAGACCAGAGCCAUUUUUUCAAUCAACUGUGUUUUCUCCUCUCUUAGAGAAGCAUAUGGAAUAACGUAAACAAAAGUAAGUGAGAAACUAGAUCGCGUGCGGAAGAGUGAAAAUAAUACGGAAAUAAAAGUAAGAACCGGAGGGUGAAAGCUCGAUGCGAGUGACUGUGACACGAGUGCCUGAAAGCAGGUACAUAAAACCAUGUUCCUUCGCAAUAGAGACGUGCGUAGAGUGGAGCGAAUGUGUGUUUUUUCAUGUCCUCGAGAACAAGUCGAUAUCGAUUUUUCUGCCAAUUAAACAAAACACGUUUCUUGUAAGGGGUUUCCUUUUUUAACAAUCUGUCGACUUGGAUUUAUUAUCAAGAGAUGAUCGUCCGACGAUCGGCCGAGCGGCUUAAAAGUACGUCUCGGUAAAAUGUCCAUGUCGUGCGUAUUGAGAAAAAACCCUCGUCGUUUUGCGUUCUUUUUUGAAAACUUGUCUAAUUAAACGAAUAAAAUAAAUUAAAAACAUUGCCUGCGACUCGAGGCCCCCUUGAGCCAUUAGUCAAGCGGGUUCAUCGUUUGCGUGGGCUUUUUUGAAUAAUGCGAAUCGCAAAUGAAAAAUAUAUAUAAUAAAACACCCUGAGUAAAAAUGAAAAA